ACAGUACAGGUUACAGGCAAUGUAUUAUUAUACAGUAACAGGCAUGUACAUUCAGUUACACGCCACCAACGAGACACCUGUACACACACACACACACACACACACACACAUGUACAGAUACACACAUGUACAUGCACAUGCAUAAACAGACACACACAAACACACAUGUACACCCACCCCCCUAAAAAGUUGCAGUCCUUCAUUGUUCACUCAGAGAGCCGGGUACUGCACUCUAGUGGGAGGCAGAGAGCACAGCACACACUCCUUGCUUUGCUUUCACUGCACUCAGCUAUGGAGCAGUCUGACGCUCCUAGUGCCAAUAACAAAUCCGGCCUAAGCUCCGAGCCUGCUCAGCAAGAUGGCCCUGGGGGACACACUCACCCCCACCAUAAUUUCCACUCGCCAUUGGUGAGCAGGUGAGUGGACAUUUCAAGGCCUGCUGUA